AACACUUUUUAUACCAGUUAUAUAAUAACCCUUGAUUCUUAACUUUCUGUUCCUUACCAUGAAACUAUACACAAAUUAAUAUGAACACUAUUGGAAUAUCGGUGUACUGUACUGCACUUUCAAAGUUUUACAUAGGUCUAGUUUUACAACAGUUCCAACUUGCCCAGCCAUAUACAGUAUGUGGGCUCUGUCCUCAUAACUUUCUGGCUUGGCUACAGGUUUUAGGGACUUGGGAAUGUGAGAAGAAAGAACGUUGUUUUAGACUGUUGAAGACGGAGUCUGAGGCUUGCACUGUCUGUCUGUCUGUCUGUCUGUCUGUCUCUGUGCUGUGGUUGGCAUGGAAUUAAUUGGCAGGCUCAUAUGUUGUGUGGAAUUUGUCCCCAUCAGUAAUUUUUGGAACAGAUUCCCUUUUCACUGGUAUUACAGAUAUUGAGAGCCUGUAGAAUGCAAAGGCUGACAAAGUUUAUUUGGAACGAAGUGUUAAAACACUCAUUACCACACACUUUUAAAAGUAAAAUAACACUGAGAAUUACAGGUGGGUUUCUCCCCCCCCCCCCCCGCACUUGGUUGUCAUGGGUGCGGGGAGCGAACCAGUCUCAUAUGCAUAACAUUAGCUUUUCUGCAAGUACAGCUCUUCACUCAUUGCUGUUGGUGGAGAUGGAGCCUGAAGCUCCUUCACAUAUAGAGCUUCUUAAAAACAGCUAGGAUAUAUAUUGUAGAUAUAUAAUUGAUCAUCAUUCAACUAUAGUUUCUUACUUGUGAAUAACAGUGAGGAUGCUGACAAAUCUUGCAUUAAUUUAAGGGCUACGGAAAGCUGUGCAGUGGGAGCAUAUACCUCCUUCAUUGCCCAAGAUUUAGGUUUUUUGAAUGUUACGCUGGUGCAACAGUAAAUGGGUUGAACCUUUCCCAUAUAGCCUUGGUGAGUUUGGAAAGGGGCCCUGAUAAAUUUGUGGCAAGGAGGCACAAUGGAUCCUUCUGUCUCUUCAGAGACUGUCAAAUCGAUGUAAUGUCAGUGCUUUUUUUAAAAAAUGAAGGUAUGAGGGUAUUAUUAUUAUUACCACCCCACCCAUCUGGCUGGGUUUCCCACUACGCCCAAAAUGGUGUACUUGCGAGAGUGAGCCAACACAUGUGCAAAUAAUCUUAAAUGCACAUGAUGAUUAGCAAUUUCUAUGACUUAUUGCCCUGAAAUUAAUGAUAACUUUAUUAAAUAAGUCACAGUAAGUUAAAGUUCCUUAGUGGUGUACUAGUUGUGCUAGUGGAAUGGCUUGCACAGGAGACGGGCAGGAAAGCAGAACAGUUAUUGUUGCUGGUUGUGCAACAGAUUAUGGUAUCCCUGAUACUUGUUGCAUAACAAGUUUCCGCUAGUGUUGAGAAGGAUUUCUUAUUAUGCAGCCAUUAUUCUUGUGCUUAAUGCUACUGCAACAGCCCUUGCACUGACAGUCCAAAAAAUGUUGAAUUUGGGCCUCUGGUUUGAAGAAAAUAGUUGAAUUUAUGCAUUGUUUUCGAAUAAUAUUUGAAAACAUAUAUUUUCAAAUAUUUGUUGAACUAAUCCAUUUUGUUGUUGAACUAAUCCAUUUUUAAAAGUUACCAGCUUAUAAUUAGAGCUGGUGGUUUUCAUUUAGUGUGAGCUAUGCAAAACUGGAGCAUCCCAGAGGCAUUUAACACAUGCUUCUGAAGGCACUGAAGGUUAGCUCUCUCAAAGCCCGGCCAUUGAUUUAUCUGCAUGCAAGAGGAAUUCCCAGGCUCCCAUCUCUUUGCCAACAGACAACUAGAAAAUAUUGUCUCCGCAUUGGAAGAGCUGUGUUUGGGCAGUGCUCUCAAACCCAAGCAGCCUGGUGAAUAAACAUUUAAAUUUGUGCUCAAACAACAUUUUCUCUUGCCUUGUCUGCUUCAGCCUUCAUUAGUGUGUCAGCAAAUCUCCGAUCAGAUAAAACCUUCUGUAUGAGCUGUUGCAAUGUCCUUUUACUCAAAUCACUUGGACCUCUUUUGUAAAGAAAAAAACCCUGUAGUCUAAUACUUAUUUCAUUACCCUAAGCAGGAAAAAGUGUAAGUGCUGAAUAAAGGCAGCUAUUAGAGUCUUAAGGAUCAACCUCCCAGGUUGAUGCCAUAACUGUUCAUUUGAUAAAAGAAACAUUUAUGAGAGCCAUAUAGUUGUCCCUAAUUGAACAUUCACAGCCUCCCCCUUUGUGUAUGGAAAAACUUUAGCACAGGCAGAUUCCAGAAGCUUUCAGAGAAUGUAAUACUGUACAGUGUUAUAGAAUAUUCAUUUGUUAAAUGCCAAAAAAACACAAAUCGAGUAAACCAAACGAGCCAUCAUAAGAUGCAGAGCAGCAUUAAAAAAAAUUAAUGGCUGCACUCCGAUUCAUCUAGCCAUGUGAAGAGUUGAUAUCAUCUCAUGAAGCUUAAAAACAUAGCCAUGAUGAAAACAGACAUAAAAUAUCAAUAACAGUCUUGCAUAAUGAUAGUUAAUAAUGAAAGGUAGUAUUCUAAAUUAGCCGGGUGAAUUUUGCGACUGGCAACCAUGUGGAAAUCUCUGGGUGCCAGGUUGGCAAUGGACGUCUCCAUCUAGCUGGCCCCUCCAGCUUUCUUAAGCAGGCAAGCAGAAGAGCUUAUUUACUGUAUUUACAUCCCACCUUUUUCUACAAGGAGUACAUGGUUCCUCCACUCCUCAGUUAAUCCACAUAACACCCUUGUGAGGUAGGCUAGGUUGAGAGGCAGCGACUGGCGCAAGGUCACCCAGUGAGCUUCAUGACUGAGUGGGGAUUUGAACCCUGUUUUCCCAGAGCCUAGUCCAACACUCUAACCACCACACCACACUGGCUUCCUAGAGUACUUCUGCUAUGGGGCAGCUAUAUAAAUUAAGUAGGUAAAUAAAUAUGAAGAAAGCAAAAUGUCACUUAGAGAAGGAUCUGAAAUAUUUUCCUUGAAGCUUGAAUUUGUUUUAUUCUGCAUUGUUGUACAGUCAUACCUCGGUUUAAGUACGCUUCGGUUUGAGUACUUUCAGUUUAAGUACUCCACAGACCUGUCUGGAACGGAUUAAUCCACUUUCCAUUACUUUCAAUGGGAAAGUUCACUUCAGCUUAAGUACGCUUCAGGUUAAGUAUAAACUUCCAGAACCAAUUGUGUACUUAAACCGAGGUACCACUGUAUUUGAUGUACCGGUAUUUGAUGCUUAAAUGUGUUGUAAACCGCUUUGAGGUUUUCCCCCCUUUAAAAUGUAAAGCGGUAUAGAGUUGAAAUGAAUAAUAAUUGGACCCGUGCCAGUAGCAAAACACGCCUGGCACUGGGGAAAUUUUGAACACUGCUGCAAGACCCUGAGACGUCAAUGCUAUGAGGUUCAGCAUCACCUGGAACCAGCUACCCACAUGUAAGCAGAAUCAUUACAACCCAGUGUUGUCUCCACUCAAGCUUGGACCGCUGCUCCAGAAUUCCAUGAGUGAUGAUACUGAAAGCUGAGAGAUCUAUUGUUAGUAAUUCUCCUGAAACGAGUAACGAUAGAGAUUGCCAGGAUUCUUCAUGAUACUACUAAUAAUUAAUACAUACCCCACCCAUCUGGCUGGGUUUCCAUUGAAUGGUUUCCCUUGAAUACUGUGCGGCUUCCAAACAUGUAAGAGUUGACCAGGGUGUGGGUGAGUGCAGUUAGACAGCUAGCUCCAAUAUGGUGGCUCUGCUUUUCACCUUGUCUUAAUUCUCACAAGGUAGAAUUGAGAAUACUUCCUUUUUGUUCUAACAGCAUUGUACACAAAUGGACAGGUGGUGUCUUCUCUAGAUGCCUGCCAAGCAAUGUAAUCAGUGUAUAUCAUCAAGAUGGUGGGAUUUCUAAAGUACCAACCUUGUCCAAUUUAUGAAGUGCUGCAUGUGGCUUUUUGCAUCAUUUGUUAUGUUUACGGGUGAUGGACUCAUAUCAUCUCCUGCCUUGGCUGCUUGUAAAAAUAGCCCAGUCUGGGGGUUUGCGUAUACUUGUUCAAGUUUCCUAUUAGUUGUAACUCAUAGUGGAAAGCCAACACCUGUGAUAAUGGAAUGCAUAUGACUGUGUAACUUUGUAUAAAUGUUAGUACAGCUGCACUCCAGUGUAAGUCAUUUAUUAUUGGUGCAUGUUUGUCAGAUCAUGCAACUUACUUGAAGUUACAAACAGGCGUGUUAAACUCUGCUUUAGAAAGUCAAGCUUUUAUGACUGUUGAAACAAUUUAAUUUCCUCAUCCAAUUUUAUACAUUUUGAGAAAGGUACACAUUUUGAAUGUUAUUAGAAACAUGCAAAUUUUUGCACUUUUUAAUAUUUUAAACCAUACGCUGUAGUUGUUUGAUUUCUUUCAAUAAUUGUUUGUUUACAUCAGUUGUUUAACAAGCCUUUAUGGUGUAUGAUGGGGGGAAACUGAACCGAUCUGCAUGAUUUGUUUGUGUUGUGACUUUUAAAAUUUGAAUAAUUACAUUUUUAUACUUAUUCUGAAGGGAAGGGAAAAAGGGAAAGUCAGAAGAAGGGAAAAAGCAAGUCAGACUGUACUUAUUUAAUUUUUUUGGACUUAUUCUUGCAUAUUUGCAGAAUAUAAUAUGCAUGUAUGCAUUCUUAUGUUUAUAGGUCCAUAAGUGCUAUUAAGGUUGGCAUAGGGCCAGCUAUCAUACCUCAUAAUACGCCACCAGAGCUUUUAAGCUGCUAAGGUAAGAUACAUAUGACCCAACUCCACCAAUGUCACACAUUCCUUUGCUUAUAACCAGCUGAUUGUGUGUAGCGGAGAUCAGCCUGUUUAACAGAUUUUGUGCUUUGAUUGAAACUCCACAGGUGUGUGUAGUGUUCCUUUUGAACUCAAGAGCUUAUAUUGUUGGUUAGCUUAUCCAUAAAGAAUUGAAAUUAAAGCAUGCCUGCUGAGGUUAUUAGUCGGCCUCUAUUGUACAGAACCCUUUUGGUUUCUUUACUUAAAUGCCUGUCUUCACUACAUGUCUCUAUCACAACCACGCCUAUUUAUGUGUCUGAAAAGCAGUAGGUAGCAGGGCAUUGGCCAAUAAAAUCAUGCUUGUGGAAAUGAUCAUCACUAGCCAUAGAAACAAAACAGACAGAUUUCUACUGUUCAUAAAUUGUGACUUCACAGCUAGGCAUCUUACUGCUGUGACUUCAACUAGGCAUCUUACUGCUUUUCAUAGGUGUUUAAUAAGAAGUGGCUGCCAUAGAGGCCAGUUGCAUUUCUGUAAUCUUCCAUUGGCUUUCAGCCUGUCUUCACAUGCUAACAAAAUGCUUGUUCUUAUUUGUGAGAGUUUGGCUACGUCUUUCUUCAACAUUUCUCUGGCUACUAGGAACCUGCAUAAUGCUGAGCUGAGUAAUAUGUGCAAGUCUCUGAUUUGACAGUAAUUCAUGUCUGGGUCUGUAUUGUCUAGGGCUAUACAACUUAACCCCUUUGCACGAGCUCUUGCUCACUAAUAACACCAGGCAUCCCCAAACUCCAGCCCUCCAGAUGUUUUGGACUACAAUUCCCAUCUUCCCCGACCACUGGUCCUGUUAGCUAGGGAUCAUGGGAGUUGUAGGCCAAAACAUCUGGAGGGCCGCAGUUUGGGGAUGCCUGAAUAACACCUUCAAGGAGGUAAAGGCCAGAGUAUUGCAUAUAAAACCUAAGGAAUGAUGUUCCACUGUAUAGAAUCUUUUUUGCAGCCCUUGACCAUUGUAGCUUUCCCAGGGUACAUGUCAUUUGUGGAAGGAUGUGGUUCCAGUUACUUUUGAAGGAGCAAUUGCAUAACUUGGGAAUUCUUUCUGCCUCAUCUUUGCUCCCAGAUGCUUAGUUGACAGUUGUACCCAGGAGUGUCAUCCACCUCUUCUGAUAUAGUGUAAUAAAAAAAGGUAAAGUAAAAUGUAAUAUGCCUUCCUGGAAGAUGGUGAUUUGAGCACUAUGGUAUGUUCCUUUCUGGAUUAAUUACUGCAAUGCUAUGAAUCGCAGUGGAGAGAUACUUUAUUUCAGGGAUUUAAAUCAACAAGUAAAAACGCUGAUUUAAGAACAUAAGAGCCCUCUGGAUCAGACCAACUGGCCAUCUAGGCCAGCAUCAUGUUCUCACAGUGAUGCUAUGGGAAGUCUGCAUGAGCACAAUAUGUGAAUGGAUAGCUCAGUUGAUUAGAGUGUGGUGCUGAUAGAACCAAGGUUGCAGGUUCGAUUCCCAUAUGGGACAGUUGCAUUGCAGGGGAUUGGACUAGAUGAUCCUCAGAGUCCCUUCCAACUCUACAAUCGUAUGAUUCUUCCUAUUUGUGCUCCCUAGCCUGCAAUGUGCUUUUGCCAUAGCUGGGUCAGCAUCUUCAACCAACCAUCCAAAACAACCACAGGAUUUCUUUCCUUGUUGGUCACUGCCAGUUCAGGCACCAUAUAUACCGGUAUGUGAGGCUAGAUUUUAAUUUAUUUUUAAUUUUUGCCCCAAUGUGCAUUGCUUUCCGCUCGAUUGUUUUGCCUUUGCAAUUUUACUGCCCAUUUAUCAGGUUUGGGUAGAUCCUUUUCAAACUCCUCUCAGUGCCUUUUUGUUUUGACCAUUUGUUGUCACCAGCACACUUUGCUCUCUCACUAUUCAUUCCUAACUCUAGAUCACUUAUGAACAAGUUUAAAAGCUCAGUUCCCAAUAUAGAUCCUGAGAGACCCUACUUCUUACAUCCUUACAUUGUGAGAACUGUCUUUGUUUUUUGUUUUUUUUACCGUCUGCUUCCUGUUCUUUAACCCACUACUGAUCCAUAAGAGGACCUGCCCUCUUACAUUAUGAGUAAGCUUGGCUUGUUGUUGUUGUUUAGUCGUUUAGUCGUGUCCGACUCUUCGUGACCCCAUGACAAGCUUGGCUUAGCUUCCUCUUUGAUGAGGGACUUUGCCAAGAGCUUUUUGAAAGUCAGAGUAUGCAGUGCCAUCUAGAUCACCCCUAUCCACAUGCUUUUUCACACUCGAAGAACAAAACAGCUUCAAGUGGAUUUGUUUAAAUAUAAGUGGUCUAUAAAAAUAAUCCAAAUAAAUAAACUCUAAAAAGGUCAUACAGGCAGGGUUUCUUUUCACAAAGAACUAUUCUUCUAAGUGCUUGGUAAUUCUAGCUUCAUCAUCAUUAUUGCUUUCUUUCAGUUUUCCCAGAACGGACAUGUAAUUUUCUAGAUCUUCCUGCCCUCUAUCCCUUUAUAAAAAUAGCUGUUACACUGUCCAAUUUUCAGCCUUCCGUAAUGGAGGCUGAUCUUUCAAGUUACAAAUUUUUGUUAGAAGAUAAGCAAUUUCACAUUUGAAAUCUCUUGGGUGGAUGCCAUCUGGAUGUGAUGAUGUAUUGUUUUUUAUUUUGUCAGCAAGACCUAGAUUUUCAUCUCUUGUCACAACUGCUUACCUCGGUUUCCCAAACUUCCUUCCUGAGAAAGUUAGUUCAGGGACUGGGAUCUGUCCUGCAUCUUCUUCAGUAAAGAUGCAACAAAUUCAUUCAGCUUUUGUUGGUUAGAGCGUAGUGCUGAUAACGCCAAGGUUGCAGGUUCAAUCCCCGUAUCGGACAGCUGCAUAUUCCUGCGUUGCAGGGGGUGGAAUAAAUGAUCCUACGGAUGCCUUCCAACUCUACAAUUCUAUGUUUUUCCUCCUUUUGCACACCUUUUGACCUCAGAUUCCGGACACAUAAAUUGUUUGACCACAGAUUCAGGAGACAUAAAAGAAAGUGAUUCAUUUAUUAAACCCACUGCCACAAGAUUUGGCGGCAGUGGCAUCUCCAGACUUAAAUGUCUUUUAAUAGGGUAGACAAGUUUGUGGAGGAUAGAUCUAUUCGACAUUAUACCUAAAUAGAACCUUCCAGGUUCAGAGACGGAAUGCCUCUGCAUACCAGUUGCCGGGAUCUGGAUAAUAAUGGGAGAGGGUUAUUGCCUUUAUUCCCUGCUUGUGAACUUCCCAGAUGCAUUUGACUGGCCUGGCCUCUGUUGGUAGCUGAAUGUUGGAGUUGGUAGAUUCUUUUUGGACUGACCCAGCCGUGCUUCUCUGCUGUUCUUAGUGUAGUGUGGGCCUAUGUUUGCAAAGUGUAGUGAAAAAUCCAUAUACAGUAUGUGAUAGAUCUUACAAAUGAGGUACCUGGACGCUGGAGUUUAAAGUUUCUCUAAAAUAGCAAACCAAAUAAGGCCAUCUGAAAGGGUCUUAAUCUAGCGAGUAGUUCAGUUUAAAAGCAAAAACACAGAUAUGUUUAGCAGCAAUACUGUAUUUGAGCGUCUCCUGCAGAAAGGGGGGGGGGAGGGAGAGAGCCAUGUUAAUGGUAAUAUCCUGCCUUUCUAACCUUGCAUGGAAAUCAAGCCUUUGCCAUACCAGCUGUUACCACUGAGCCCUUGUCCCUUGAGGCUCAUUAGGAGGGAAAUUCGACUGUCCAAUAGGAGAAAGAGAGCUAGAAAUUCCAGCCCCCAACAAGCCUGAUUUAAGGCAAUUUGCAUGUGCGUGUCAUACAGACUGCUCUUUGCAGUAUUGCAGAGCAGCCUGAAGCAGCUAUUUUGUCUCUGCUGUUCUGAGCAGUUAACCAACAGCUUUUGCCAUGGAGGCUUCUUAAAAGAUCGUGCAUAUAGCUUUGAGUUUUCUUUAGUUCAUUUCAAGAUAACGAUUUUAAUUCUUCAACACUGUUUUUAUUUGGCAAUCAAGGAGAGAUUCCCCCCCGCAAUAUUUAUCUCUAGUUUCUGCACUACAUUUUUUGAUGCGGCUUAAGCCAGGAAUUUCAGAAUAAUUGGAAGCAUUGCAGACCACCAGAACUUUGGAGCAUGGCUACAAGCAAUGGGAGCAAUGACUUUGUAGUUCUGAGCAAUGGUAACAUCCCGACCAAUGGAACUAGUCCUGAUCUCCUUGCAACCAGUGAUGGCAAUGUUGCCGUCCAAAACCUCCCAUCCAAGGAAACCACAAGAAGAAAAGUGAGUGCAAAUGGGUGCCUUCAACUUAAUGGCAUGCUAAAACCAUCGUUUCUGCCUGUAGAUGACCAAAGAACUCCACAGGUAUUAUCACAGUGUUGUCGCCCUUGCCCAUACCAUCAUCAGCCUCUAAAUCACCAUUGUAAUCAGCAAGAAUGCCUUUCACUGUCUGGCAAUGCGGCGCCAUCUCCAUUAACUUCCUGCUGCCCAAACCUUCAUACAGAAUAUUCAGCAUCCGCUUGCCAAAAACAUACACCCUUGUAUCAGACUGCCUGCUGUCUUCAGUCCUCGCCCUCAUUCUGUCUACAUCAUCAGUGGCCUGAACAUUUUCAGCAUCAGCCUGUGCAACAACAUAUAGCCAAUAUACGGCCAGCCAGAACAUUAACGUGGCCAAAAAGCUAUGCAGCUCUGAUAGCUGACUGGCCGGUGGUGGUUUUAGGCAUGUGUACUGUGUUAAUUGUGGUGUGUGCAUUGGUUGGAAUACUAGUCCCAGAUCUUCCAGACUUCUCUGAUCCAUUAUUGGGUUUUGAGCCAAGAGGAACUGCAAUAGGACAGCGGCUGGUUACCUGGAAUAAUAUGGUGAAAAACACAGGCUACAAAGCAACCUUAGCAAACUAUCCUUUCAAAUAUGCAGAUGAGCAGGCUAAGAGCCAUCGAGAUAACCGAUAUUCAGAUGAUCACUAUGAAAGAGAGAAGAGGGAAGCAGACUGGAAUUUCCACAAGGACAGCUUUUUCUGCGACAUUCCAAGUGAUCGCUAUUCCAGAGUGGUAUUUACAUCAGCAGAUGGAAAUAACUUGUGGAAUUUACCUGCAAUAAAAUCAAUGUGCAAUGUGGAUAAUAUGAGAAUACGAUCCCAUGCUCAGUUUGGUGAUCUUUGCCAGAGGACCACUGCUGCUUCGUGCUGCCCCAGCUGGACGCUAGGCAAUUACAUUGCCAUUUUAAACAACAGAUCAUCCUGUCAAAAGCUUGUGGAGAAAGAUGUUUCUCACACUCUGAAGCAGCUCCGUACAUGUGCCAAAUACUACUAUAAUGGGACCCUGGGACCAGAUUGCUGGGAUAUGGCAGCCAGAAGGAAGGACCAACUCAAGUGUACAAAUGUGCCUCGUAAAUGUACAAAGUACAAUGCUGUUUAUCAGAUUCUCCACUACCUAGUAGACAAAGAUUUUCUAAGCCCAAAGACUACGGACUAUGUCUUACCAGCUUUAAAGUACAGCAUGCUCUUUUCACCUACUGAAAAAGGGGAGAGCAUGAUGAAUAUCUAUCUGGAUAACUUUGAGAACUGGAACUCUUCAGAUGGAAUAACCACCAUCACAGGGAUUGAGUUUGGAAUAAAGCAUAGUUUAUUCCAAGAUUACCUUUUAAUGGAUACUGUGUAUCCUGCUAUAGCCAUUGUGAUUGUUCUCUUAGUCAUGUGCAUAUAUACGAAGUCCAUGUUUAUCACACUGAUGACUAUGUUUGCAAUAAUUAGCUCCUUGAUCGUUUCUUAUUUUCUUUAUCGGGUGGUAUUUAAUUUUGAAUUUUUCCCCUUUAUGAACCUCACUGCACUGAUCAUUCUCGUCGGUAUUGGGGCGGAUGAUGCUUUCGUAUUGUGCGAUGUGUGGAACUACACAAAAAUUGACAAGUCUCAUGCUGCCACUUCGGAGACGGUGAGCAUCACCCUGCAACAUGCUGCCCUUUCCAUGUUUGUCACCAGUUUUACCACCGCCGCUGCCUUCUAUGCCAAUUAUGUCAGCAAUAUUACAGCAAUCAGAUGUUUUGGUGUUUAUGCUGGCACCGCCAUAUUGGUGAACUAUGUAUUAAUGGUAACGUGGUUACCUGCAGUUGUCGUGUUACACGAACGGUAUCUACUCAAUAUAUUUAGUUGCUUCAGAAAGCCUCAGGCAAGUGUGUACAAUAACAAAAGCUGCUGGACAGUGCUGUGCCAAAUGUUCCGCAAGGUUGCUUUCGCAGCCUCGGAAGCAUCCCGGAUAUUUUUCGAGAAAGUGUUGCCACACAUAGUUAUCAGGUUUCGCUACAUCUGGUUGGUCUGGUUCCUGGCCUUAACUGUGGGGGGAGCAUAUAUCGUCUGUGUGAAUCCAAAGAUGAAGCUGCCCUCCCUGGAGCUCUCCGAGUUUCAAGUGUUCAGGUCUUCUCAUCCUUUUGAACGCUAUGAUGCCGAGUACAAAAAGCUGUUCAUGUUUGAACGUGUCCAUCACGGAGAGGAGCUUCAUAUGCCAAUCACUAUUAUCUGGGGGGUCUCUCCUGAGGAUAACGGGGACCCCCUGAAUCCCAAAAGCAAAGGGAAGCUGAAACUGGACAGCACUUUCAAUAUUGCAAGCCCAGAUUCACAGCUCUGGAUUCUGAAGUUUUGCCAGAGGCUGAGAAAUCAGACCUUUUUCUACCAAACAGAAGAGCAGGACUUCACAAGCUGCUUCAUUGAGACAUUUAAGCAGUGGAUGGAAAAUCAGGACUGCGACGAGCCAGCGCUCUAUCCAUGCUGCAGUCACUGGAGCUUUCCCUAUAAGCAGGAGGUUUUUGAGUUAUGCAUCAAGAGGGCCAUCAUGGAACUUGAAAGGAGCACAGGGUACCAUUUAGACAGCAAAACCCCGGGGCCUCGCUUUGACAUAAACGAUACCAUCAGAGCAGUAGUACUGGAGUUCCAGAGCACCUACCUCUUCACCUUGGCUUACGAGAAGAUGCAUCAGUUCUACAAAGAGGUAGAUACCUGGAUUGCGGAUGAGCUGAGCACUGCCCCUGAGGGUCUAAGCAGUGGUUGGUUCGUGAGCAAUCUAGAGUUCUAUGAUCUCCAGGACAGUCUCUCUGAUGGCACUUUGAUUGCUAUGGGUCUUUCAGUGGCUGUCGCAUUCAGCGUAAUGCUGCUCACAACAUGGAAUAUCAUACUAAGCCUUUAUGCAAUAGUUUCGAUAGCAGGAACCAUUUUUGUCACAGUUGGAUCGUUGGUCCUUCUUGGUUGGGAGCUAAAUGUUUUGGAGUCUGUCACCAUUUCUGUUGCUGUCGGCUUAUCGGUAGACUUCGCAGUCCAUUACGGCGUUGCUUAUCGCUUAGCUCCCGAUCCUGACCGAGAAGGGAAAGUAGUCUUCUCCCUCAGCCGCAUGGGUUCGGCAAUUGCUAUGGCUGCACUGACCACAUUUGUAGCCGGCGCCAUGAUGAUGCCUUCUACCGUUCUGGCAUACACUCAGCUUGGGACCUUCAUGAUGCUUAUAAUGUGCAUUAGUUGGGGCUUUGCGACCUUCUUCUUCCAGUGCAUGUGCCGUUGCCUUGGGCCUCAAGGUACUUUUGGUCAGAUUCCUCUGCCGAAAAGGCUGCAGUGCAGCGCCUUUUCCCAGGCGUUGUCGGGGAACAAAGGAGACGGGGAACAAAACAAAGCUCAGCCUGUCAGUAAGUAUCAGUUGGACUCUAGAGGUCAAAAAACGGGCAUGGAACAUGAGCAUUACGAAUUAGAGCCUUUGGCAUGCCAUGCCAACAACUGCAGCACAUUAGAGAAGAGAACCUAUGAAGAAACACACAUGUGCUCGGAGCUCUUAGAUGGCAGGCUUGCAAAUGAGCACGUCCUUCCCCAGUCAGCGUAUAACAGUGAACUGAAUGUAAGCAGUAAAAAUGAAUUCAGGAUAGGCAUGUUGUCUUCUGGUGAGCAGGACACCACUUGCCAACUCUUAUGUCAAAACCAGCAGUGUAGUUGCUCAGUUGAUUAUAAGCAUGUGAGCAUGAAAUGGAGCCCCCACCCAUGUCAGCAGUUGAAAUUUGGGGUCAAAUAAAACUUCAUGCUACCUCUCUCCUCUUUUGUCUGGGAAUGUGCAUAGCCAGAGUUCUGUAGUUCACACAACUGCUUUGCAUCAUUCUUCCGAUAGUUAUGUGAAUACCGUCCCAGCGAGUUCUGCACUGUGAUUGUCUACAAAGCAGGUUAAAAUAGCCCCAGUUCAGAAAAUUGCUCCCCCGAAAUAUUUUUUCCCUCCACUUACAGCAACAGUUUCAAUCCCGAAGUCUUCUAAAUGCCAAGGAGAACUUGAGAACUCCUCCAAAGGAAGCAAGUUCUUCUCUGUUUAUCUUCAAGGGUGUUGGGUUCACUCUUGUUGUGAAAUGGGGAAAAACGUAUCUAAUAAUCAGAAGGGACUCUUGUGAUAACUGCAGAGACAAAUGGGUGUAAACGGGAACGAAAACAGAGCAUCUGAAUCAAAGCAAAAUCCGCAAACUGAAACUGAGUGCCUCCAGAACUUACGAAAAACUGCUUCAGGUGUGAGGGCUAACCAGAAUAAAUGGAAAUACAUAGAAAACAGUACAUCAACAAGGCUGGUUUUGAGUCGUGGCCUGAAAAUUCCUGGUAUUGUAACAGAACCAUAACAAUAAAGUGCAAUUCUGUUGAGUGUCAUAUGCCAAACAGUGAAGCCCAUGUGCCUGCUUGUUGUUAGCACACCCAGAACUUU